AUGAGUAUUAUGAGCGGCAAGAGGAAUCUACAAGCUCUAACAUUGAUGGGCAUGGCAAGAAUCCUUGCCGCCCAGGCGAAAGUCAAGGUUUCACUCAGCAUUCUGGUGAAGGGAUCCAGAAUACCUCCAGCGGAGAUGGCACAUGCGAAAACUUGUAAAUGGUUUUUAGAUACUCCACAGUACGUCGAAUGGCUCGAUACCAGCAAUUUUGAUAAACAUGGUGGUCUGUUAUGGAUCAAGGGUAAACCUGGGGCGGGAAAAUCAAUAUUAAUGAAGUUCACACUUUUGCAUACCAACCGAACUCUGACGAGGAAGGGGAACAUUGUCCUCUCCUUCUUCUUCAAUGCACGAGGAGAAGAAUUGGAAAAAUCUACGAGUGGUCUCUACAGGUCAUUAUUAUUGCAGCUAUUCGAAGAGAGGCCGGAUCUUCGAUAUAUCCUCGACUCCAUUAGACUAGGACACCAGUGGAACAUUGAAUCCCUGAAAGAUCUAUUCGAGGAAGUCGUAUGUGCGAUGGAGAAAGCUUCACUCAUAUUAUUUAUAGAUGCAUUGGACGAGUGUGAACAACAACAAAUUCGGGACCUAUUAUCAUUUCUAUCGAGUGUUAGCAAAAAAGCAGCCACAGCAGAAACUCAAUUGCGUGUUUGCCUUGCGAGUAGACACUAUCCACAUAUUGCUAUUAAAAGGGGGCUUGAGUUAGUAAUUGAACGGAGACAAGAGCAUCAACAAGACAUAGCUGACUAUCUGACGGACAUAUUAGUUAUUCACGAAGGCGAAGACGACUGCCUUGCUGACCAGAUACACUCCGAAAUACUGGCGAAAUCGAGUGGGGUGUUCUUAUGGGUGGUCCUGGUAGUGGACAUCCUAAAUGAGGAGUGCGACGGUGGGCGCAAGCACUGUCUUCGCGACAGGCUUCAGGAUAUCCCUAGAGAUCUCCACGAUCUUAUUUACGACAUACUAACUCGAGACUGCAAGAAUAUGAAUGCCCUUCUACUCUGCAUCCAGUGGAUGCUCUUUUCAAGGCGCCCACUUACUCCCAAAGAAUUGUAUUUCGCAAUUCUUUCUGGGAUUGAGCCAGACAGGGUAUUCGAGUGCCAUCGAGAGAGGGGUGCGCAUCGAGAGAGGGGUGCGCAUCGCGACAGGGUGUAUAAAUAUAUCCUCACAAAUUCGAAAGGGCUUGCGGAACAAACAAACACCGAGACACCUACGAUCCAGUUCAUCCAUGAAUCAAUUCGAGAUUUUCUCCUCAAAGAAAAUGGACUCCAGAAAAUAUGGCCUGAGCUUAAGUCCAACCUUGAAGGGAAAAGUCAUGACAGGUUGAGACAGUGUUGCCUCACAUACCUAAACGACAAACUCAUACAUGAUUUAAACCUCUCAAAGCCACUUCCAAAUGCAUCAAGCCCAGAAGCUACAAAUCUUCGGUACCGCGUUACUGGCAAAUAUCCGUUCCUCGAAUAUGCCCGCCAGAACAUUUUUUAUCAUGCAGACAAAGCUUCAACAAGGGACGGUAUCUACCAACAGGACUUCCUGUCCACAUUCGGACUACAAGAUUGGAAAUUGAUAAAUAACAUAUUCGAACCACAUCAGAUACGCCGAUACACAUCGACAGAGAGCCUCUAUUAUGUGCUAGCCGAGAACAACUUGCCAAAUCUCAUUCGAAGAAUAAAUCCCCCUCAAUCAUGUUUUGCUGUGGAGAAGGCGCGUUACGGUAUCCCAAUAUUUGCUGCCCUCAUCACUCAAAGUAACGAAGCUGUCGAAGCGUUAUUACAGAUGCAAGUUAAAAAUUUACCAAUGGGCUCUACCUUCCAUAACCCAUGCAAUGGGUUUGUCAGCAUCAAACAGAAACUAAGUACGUUGAGCCGCGGCUUCGUAUUUAUGAAGAAAACUAUAGUUUCCCUUUUGAUACAAGAAACGGAUCCUGCGAUAGUAGAUGUAUUCCUUGCCACUGAAAAGGUUGAUCUUACAAAAGGGAUUGGGGAUGAAUGUGUGACACCCCUCGAAAUAGCAGUAGACUUGGAAAAUACAUCUCUUGUACAGGGCCGCCCUACUCCUACUUCUCUCAGGAGCCCUUUAAUUACAGCGGCGGAAAGAGGAAACGAGGUCAUAACCCGCUUACUGGUCGAGCAUGGUGCCGCAAUAGAUUAUCGAGAUAGCGAGAACUGGACGCCGUUGAUGCACGCAGCGGCAGGUUUGUUAUCAAUAGCUCAUGAUAGUCAUUAUGCAAAUCGUAGGGUCAUCCGAAUGUUGGCAGAACAUGGCGCGACGUUAUGA